UAAAAGCUAGUAAAUGUUUACUGCGGAUAAUUCAGUCAUUAACGGUCUACUGGGAGUCGCUGAAGACAAACGUCAGGUAGUGUUACACCUGGAAAAACAAGGUUUAUCGCAAUCUUCCGGCUCAGCGAAAUCAGGUAGGGUUAUAGCCUACAAAGUUUUAGGAAGUUCACGAGGAUUAAGGAAGAAAAUUAUGGAGGAACUGCCGGAAGACCUACGGCAACUUUGGGAUAAACAACGGUAUCAUAAAUUCCUUGAGAGAAUUUUUGUCAUUUCGAAUGGUAUAGCUUCAGAAGUCUCAACUGAACAUGAGAAGGCGGCUUUUAAGGCAGCUCUGCCAUUGGUACCAGAACUUUGGAAAUCUAAAGAAUCCCAAGAACAUGAACGCAUACAAGAAAUUUAUUUCUUGUGGGAAAAGGCUGCGCUACCCGAGUCGCUAGCAAUUUCGCUAGCAAUUUCGGCCAACCAGUAUGUGAAAAAUGUUCUUUGCACAGAAUCCAUGGAGAGAGUUGAUUUUUGCCGCAUUCAUAAAUGUUUAUCGCUAUCAAGCCUCUUACUUAUUAAGCUUAAAAUGGAAGUGGAGCAAAAAAUUAAUGUCGAAGAUGCUAUUGUUCAAGAAAGGAAUAGUACUGGGGAAAUUCCUUCGAAAGACGAAAAACAGAGCUCUGUUUUGCAAAAGAUUUCCCUGAAACGCCUGGAAAACUUGUAUAUUUUUCCAUUUGUCGAAAUUGGUGAUAAACCUUGCCAGUAUCCUGAUCAUCCUGGUGUCUACUGCAUAUAUUAUAUAGGCAAAUCUGACCUAUAUGAAGGCGGGGUCAAACCCUCUAAAGACCGACCAGUUUACGUCGGAAUGUCGAAAAUAAGUAUCUCAAAACGCCUGUUGAGCCACCAAAGCAAAAUAGUCAAGGCAAGGGACUUGAACCGGAGAGACUUCAUCGUUCGAUUCAUGCUGGUGGACAUGCAUUACUAUGCUUGCUGUGUAGAGGAGAUGCUGAUAGAGUACUUUAGUCCCGUGUGGAACGAGAACGAGGCCGUAAAGUUCUCUUUCGGUAACGCUGACGACGUGAACAACAACUGGCACAAAUACCAUGUUGAAGGGGACUCAAAAACUAAAGAAACUAUGAUAAAAAGUGUGAAGGAUUAUGAAUUAAAACUGAAAAUGAAACACCUCAGUCUGGCCACAACAUCUUCGUAA